AUGGUGGGGUCAUCUUCUCUAGGAUGUCUAGACAUUGAAAGUGAAAGUGAAGAAGACCUGCUUGAUGAAGGCGAGGAGGAGGUAGAGGAUGAGCAUGAUCAAGAACCAGAAGUAACUGUACAACCUGAGCCUCUUGUGAAGAAAGUUCCUGAAGUUUCUUCAACACCUAGAGAGACAGAAAGACAGCUUUCUAAGAAAGAGAGAAAGAAAAAAGAACUUGCAGAACUUGAUGCCCUGUUGGCUGAUUUUGGAGUCUCAACACAAAUGGAAAAUGCCCAAGAUGUGCAAUCUGAUGUAUCAAAAGAGAAGAAGGAGGGGGAGGCAAAUGGAGUUGGAGACAGCAAAAAUGUCUAUGUGGAGUCUAAGAGUGCAAAGAAAAAGAAAAAGAAGGAUAAAUCUUCCAAAGAGGUGAAGGAACCACAAGGUGAGCCUAACAGCUCAGAUGUCACCAAGGCACCUGAGGAAGGUGCUGGGACUGAAGAGGGUGAAGAUGCAUCGGCUGUAGAUAUGAAAGAGCGGCUAAAGAAGAUUGCUUCUGCAAAGAAGAAGAAGGGAAAUAAGGAGUUGGAUGGAGCUGCUAGAGCAGCUGCAGUUGAAGCUGCUGCUAGAAGUGCAAGACUUGCUGCUGCUAAAAAGAAAGAGAAAAAUCACUAUAAUCAACAACCAGUACGCUGUGGUGCCAAUUUUGUGACAUUGGAUUGUAGAGGUCUAGCCGUGAUGAGUCGUGACAAGGGAAACCAUCGCGAAAUGCCGAAAGGCAGCAACAUAUCAUCUCUCAUGUUUCCGGUCCACAAGAUAUGGGAGUCAAAAGGGCCAGCACCACAGCAGAAGAUUGGAUAUGGAUAA